AUGCCUGUAUCGUUUCUAUGUUCCAAAAGUAUUAUCCUCGCGCUGCUGCUGAUUUUACUCAUGAAAAAAAUUGAAUGUUUGCCACUCAGCAACGGAUUCAGUCUAAAAUUUAACCCCAUUUCUGUGAAAGAAGAAAAUAAAUUAAAAUCCUUCGGCGCCGUCUUUGCGAAAAUUCCACAAGAUCCAACACAUAUUUCGGAACGCCGAGAAGUCCUUUCAGAGGCAAUCUUCGCACACCCAGCGGAGCCGGCUAAUGGAUGUACCAAUCAGAUAGCAAAGUUAUUAUAUCCUUUAAAAAACUUUAAAAACCAAACAAAUGAAACACGAGCUUGGGAAAAUGCCAACUUCAUUAAUAUUCCUGUGAUUAAGCAGCAUUUUGAUGCGUAUAAUAUUUUAGUUGCGACGGCACCAAAUAACGUUAAAUUAGGAAGAAAAAAGGACGCUUUGCCGACAGUCAUUUACGUCGUUUUCCCCAUAGAAGAUGUAAAUGAGGCGACUGAUUUAAAUUUACCAACAAUUUACUUUGUUAAUCGGGUGGACGGGAAUGUGGAUCUUAGUAAAAAAGAGAAAGCCGAGCCGAUUUUCAUCAUAGAUAGCAAUCGUACUGUAACUGGGAUAAAGAGUAAAGAAGUGUCUAAGUUUGUAAGAUUUAAAAAUAAACUAAGAAAUUUAUACAAUUAUGAAGUAACACGAAACUAA